AUGAUCUCGGCCGAUGCUUAUGAAAAGCAGCAGAUUAUCAAAAGACGGAUUCCCGGAGAAGCUGAGCAAACUAACUCCUGGAAAGAUAGAAUGCCUAAUAGCUGGCAUUUUGAAAAAGAAGCAGCGCCUACCCUACUACCCAGACCCGGAGCACCUCCGCCAAAUAAAUGGCCACUUGCGAAGAUGUAUCAGGUUUUGAAGAUGAAGAAAGAGCCGGAGCUGAUAUAUGAAGCGGAGCCUCAUAAGAUGUAUUUUGUCUUCUGUUACGCUUUUGCACUUGUGUUCAUCAUAUAUGCUAUGAAUGCCUUGAGUAUAGGGCUUACACUCACUGAUCGCAUGUAUAAAGAUAAUGACAACAAACUAAAGGACUGGCAACUUGAUCUUGAGUACGUGAUGCACUUGGUUAUUUCUGUGGUGAUGGCUUGUCUUCCUCUUGGUAUUGGAUUUGGGUUUCUACUGUUACCUAGCCGGUUGAUAAGAAGAAUGUGGUAUCUUCCCGAAGGUUCUGGAAAGCCUGCGUACAUAAAAUUCACCACACAUCCAUUACUUCCUAAUCGUCCUACUCCCGUUUGUACUAUGCCUCUCGGAGUGUUGAGAAAGUCCAUGACUGCCAAAAUUUACAAUGGUAAAGGUUUUUAUGGUGUGACCGAUUCUUCAUUUUUCUUUUUCCUCAGGGAAAACGGAAGGAGGAUACCUUUUAUUGUUGAUCGAAAGGGAUUCUUUUGGGGAGAUGGCAGAAUGUUUGAUUUGUUGUUCAGUAACGAUACGAUUGACCAGGUUGAAAAUUCCAAGAAGAUAGAUGAAAUAUAUGGUGAUCUUCUAAGAGAGAGAAGAGAAAAAGAGCAGGCACUUAAGAAGGAGUAUGGAUUUGGAUGGAGGACAAAGGCGGCUGGAAAGUUAAUGGUUGAUGAUGUUUCAAAGAUUAAAAGCUUAAUUUCUGGAUCUUCUGACAAGUCUAAUACACCUGAUAAGCCAAAGUCAACUUCCAAAACAAGCUCUAAAGCAGACGCUGGCAAUUCCACCCCAAAAAAAUCACAAAGCAAAAAACCCAAGAAGAAAUAUGAAAAUAAGAAAUGA